CUGCACGUACUGUACUUGUACACCUGCAAAACAUUUCCACACUACAGUAGUCCAGCUACGUAAGCUCGUAACUAAACCUUAAAAUUCUUCAUCCGAGACCCUAGGGUCUCGGGGAAAAAGAUCUUGGGUGGAUGGAAAGAGGAAAGAAAAAGCAAAAUAUCAAACAUCCCCGGAUCGGGGUCGGAUCUGAUCAAGUGAGACGGGUGCACGUCACGUUUCAAGCUUCGAGCCUUACGUACAUAUCGGUAAGGGACUGGACGGGGACGGGGGUAAGCGAGGGGAGGAGAUGCUAGUGCUAAUGACGACAACAGACCCUCGGACGGGAUGAGUGAGAGAUCUUAGUAUCUUGUGAGAGGUGAAGAUCUUUUGACAGAUUGAUUUUUUUUAAAGAGGGCAGAAGAGGGACGGAUACAAAUACGUUGAACUCGUAGUUCGGAUUGGAUUACGGUUGUUACUUGAGGACGAUAAGAAUUCGAAGAAGGAUCAAUCACUCGACAAAGAAGCGAAGGGAGACCAGACUGAUUCGAAGAUACAUCUGAUAGGAGUAGAGGAACACACACACACACAGAGAGAGAGAGAGAGAGAGAGAGAGAGAGAGAGAGAGACAAUGACAGAACCAUACCGGAAAGUAGGUCGUGGGGGAGCAGGGAACUUUUAUAGCAAGGAGGAUGUUAAGAAUGUUGCUUCUUCUUUGGUAAGAAUUUACUAUCCUUUUCCUCGUCGCCCUUAGCCUCCCUCAAUUCCAUCCUAUCCAUCCCAUCUAUCCAUCCCAUCAAUCACAACCCAAAAAACAAAAUAACAAACAAAAGCUAACCCCCAAAGAAGACCCCCUCAACCCUCGAAUCCCAACCUCUCUCCUCCUCCACCUCCUCUCAACCCGCAAAAACCCCCCAAACCACAGCCCCCCCACCAGAAUACUCCCACACCGGCCGCGGCGGCGCAGGAAACUGGGUCCCACCCUCCACGCUCCCUCCCUCCUCCACAGAUUUCAACAUUACAUCACUCACUCCCGUCAACCCAUCCACCACCUCAUACACACCCUCCAUCAUCCCCGUCAAAACGCCCGCGACGAACGUAGCGACGGCGAAAUAUAGAGGUGGGCGCGGUGGAGCGGGGAACUACUCGUGGGCUGAUGAGGAGGGGAGGAAGAGGGAUGAGAGGGAAAGGGAGGAGGAGAGGGAGAUGGGGAUUCGGAUGAGGGUUUUGGGGGAGGUGGAGGGGGGGUUGAAGGUCCCUGGACGGGCGGUGGUGGGGAGGGAGAAGGUUUAG